GAAGUUGAAUGUGAAAAGCAUUGGAACAAAGGUGUCUAGGAGGUGUCUUGUCAAGGAUUGGAGUGUCACGGGAGAACCAGCAAGGAGAGGAGAGAGCUCGUCGUCAUUGUUUUUUCUUUUCAGCGUUUUACUCUAAAACUCUAACAAAAUGGGUAACGAAGCCUCUCUACCUAUGGAAAUGUGCUCCAACUCGUCCUCUGACUACGGCUUCCAAAUGUUUGAUGCCGAUGAAAUCCGCCGACUUGGUAAGAGGUUCCGGAAAUUGGAUCUGGACAACUCUGGUUCUCUUUCUGUGGAAGAGUUCAUGUCUCUUCCCGAACUUCAGCAGAACCCACUAGUUCAGCGUGUCAUAGAUAUAUUCGAUGCAGAUGGCAAUGGGGAGGUGGAUUUCAAAGAGUUCAUUCAGGGAAUGUCUCAAUUCAGCGUCAAGGGUGACAAGGAAAGCAAGAUGCGAUUUGCUUUUCGCAUCUAUGACAUGGACAACGAUGGUUACAUCUCAAAUGGAGAGCUGUUUCAGGUACUGAAGAUGAUGGUGGGAAACAACUUAAAGGAUACACAGCUUCAACAGAUUGUUGACAAAACUAUCCUCUUUGCUGAUAAAGAUGAAGAUGGCAAAAUCAGCUUUGAUGAAUUCUGUGCGGUAGUUGGUAACACAGAUGUUCACAAAAAGAUGGUCGUGGACGUAUAAAUGUAUUUGUGAUUGUUGAAUUUGGGUGCCACUGGCCUAAGGUGCAAUGUAGCUGUUAAUGUUUCUCUGAACUGUCGUGGGAUAAGUGUUUUUUAUGAUAGUUUUGAGGACCGAUCUGUGUUUCGUCAGUAGCAAUAUGUAACUCGAUUUGAUACUCCAGUGAUGUAGUGGUCGUUUCUUACUAUGACAGAAUGAAACAGUAUAUGGAUCUAUAUAUUUAUGCCAUUGAUUUGAUACCUUGGAAGUGUUUCCUACAGUAGAUCAGUAUUGGAUUUAAAAUGAAAGACUUUUAAAGUCUAAGAGUAAAAAUUAUUUGCUAUGCAAAAAAUGGUAAUCACAAAGUUUUUUUUAUAUAAUAUGCUUAUGUUGAAUAAUAUUUUUGUUGUGUUUUAUGGGAGACUCUUGUAUAGUCGUGUGUUGAAGCUUUUACAAGAAGCCAGGCUUCAGUGGCCCUGCAGAAGAUAUUGCGUUCAAGACAUUAUUAUUAUUAUUUACUCCAUGUCAGAGCUCAUGUAUGAAGUGGUUUUUAUAUUUGAUCUCAUUAUCUUUAAACUCAGUGCAUCCAUUUUAUGCUGUUAGAUAUUUUCUAUAAUUACAAACCAACUUUUGAAUAUUUGAAAGUAAAUUCCCUCACUUCAUACCAGCAUCACAAGUUUUGUUAAAUAUUUUAAACUUGCAUAUCGUGAUGGUGAUGUGGUAUUGCAUGAGUUUUCUAUGUUUAUAUAUUGUAUUGUGCAUAAUUAAUUUUCACCAAUUUGUGAAGGAUUCAAAGAUAACCAAUGUCAAUAGCUACUCUCUCUGUUGGGUGCAGGGUCAGUGGCUUAGAAUUUUGCUUUAAAAGACAGUUUCCAAUUGACAGUUAAAAUUUAUGUACCCAGAUAAAAUUUUUUACAUUAAACGUAAGUAACUAUUAAUUUUAAUAUGACUUCAGUCGCUUCAAUUUUGUUUAAACAUUAAAUAUUGUAGCAUGGUGAGAUGUGAUAAUGCUAAACUCUGAUAAAGAACUUCAUCAAUUUGAGUUAUUGUUUAUCAAUGUGUAUUAUUGUUGUGUUGAGAAGACACUGGGUUAAGUUAUUGAAAGGGGUAAAUUACAAGGAAGGUGCCAAGUUUCUUCUUUUAAAAUUUAUAUAUUGUAAUCAGUUUUGUCACUGAAAAAUGUACAGUAUUUAUGAAUUAUAAUAAAAAUCCCAUGUUACUGAAGGAAAUUCAUUGAUAUUUUAAGGUUUCACAAAAUGGUUUACAAAAAUACAAAUAUUUUUAGAAAGGCAUUGACAAUAAGUUGAAAUCUGGUAAGUUUUGUAUAACAGCAAGAAAAGGGUGAGUUUUCAACUAAACAUAUAACUAAAUAUGUGCAUUUGGCUAAUGUUACGAAUUAAGUGUACAUGAUUUUAAUGUACUCCAUCUUGAUUAAAUUUAAGACUUCGAAGCAGAAAUUUUUGAUUAAGUGACUGUUUCUUUGUGUACAUUUAAUGGUACCUAUUAUUACUUUCUUCCUCAUGAUAAAAGCGUUAUACUAAACGAACGAGGGUAUACUAUGUGAUACUAGGCAGUGAGGUUACCUUGAGGUUAUCUUGUGGCGAUUUCGGGGCUCAGCGACCCCGCGGCCCAGUCGUCGACCAGGCCUCCUGGUUGCUGGACCGGUCAACCAGGCUGUUAGACGCGGCUGCUUGCAGCCUGUCGUAUGCUCCAUGGUUAGUGCUCCAUCACUCGCGUGCAAUACCCAGCUGCUGCCAGGGCUGAAGUCCUGUGUGUGGCACUUUACCUAGUCAUGAUGUUCGGUCACUCUUAAGUUUUUAGUGGCCAUCGUUUGCUGUUCUAGAUGGCUAAUAUGGUGACCACUUUCUAAUUUCUAAUGACCAGGCAUUGAGUCUACUGUUCAUACUACACACAGUAAUGUAUUUUAUUGUAAUAUUUUUCUUGUAUUGUAAAUUCUCGAGAGACUCGUUUGUACUUUAGCUUCGCUUGGUUUAGUAUAGAAUAUGUAACUUACAUUGGAUGCAAAUAUAUUGAGAUUUCAAGUGUAGUUUGAACGGGAUAUAUUGCAAUGUAAUGGCCUCUUUUCUCAAGUAUUUAACAAAAUUUCUUUCUUUUUGUAUAAGAUAUAAUAAUAGAUGGCUAGUUCUUGUUAUCCAGCAAAUUUUAAAAGCAAAUAGCUGAGAAUAUUGGCCUUUCAAAAGACUAACGAAUGUUGAUUAUGCUAAUACUUUGUUUUCCCUCCGUAUGAUAUAAAUGAUAUAUGAUAUAAAGAGGCUUCUUAUAAAUUCUCCUUAUGAGGGUUGCUAAGCAGGAGGAGUGUUUCGUAUAUCAAGUAUUUUAUUACCUCUCGUGUAUUUGUUAAUUGUUUAACACUUUUUGUCAGUUCAAAACAGAAAUAUUGAAAAUGUUCCUUAAUACCUCCACCUAAUUCACAAAAAGACCUAAUAGGUUUCAUGUUAACAAAAUGAUCUUGCAUAUUCAUUACUGAAAUUACAUUCUGAAAACAAGCUCUAAGAGUUUGAUCAUAAAAAAUUUAGUUUUCAUUUUCUUAUCUGGUGUCAGUUAUGUUAAUACAAAGAAUAAAUUACAAUGUGAGGAAAAAACCUACAUGGGGGAGGGAAGGAAAUUUAUCUCGGAGAAUGGUUCACUCAGAAAGGGUUUCUCUCUUUGUGAAAGCUCAUAUGAAAGAAACAUUUUCCUCGCGUUGCUAUUCCCACAUAGUGGUUGUUUCAACAUUGUCAGCAGGUAUUGCGUACAAUUAUAUGCAUGUAUGUUGCUCUUGGGUAAUCGUAAGCAAUUAUUAUUGAUUACCGUUGUGAAAAUAAUCUUUGCAGAUUUAUCAACAAAUUGUUUGAGCAUAUACUAUACUGUAGACAAGUUUUGGUAAAUACUUGGAAUUGAAUAGUAGUAAAGCAAAGUUUACUUUAAAAAUUUUGUAAUCAAAGCAUAAUAUAAUUUAAAAAUGCAGUGCUUUGAUAAAAUUAAGGCAUCUGAAUUUUAAAUUAAAAUUUAUUAUGGUUUUGUUAUUAAAUGUGACCUUUUAAUAUUAAUACUAAAUCUUUUGUAAUAUUUUUAAGCAAGCAGUAUAACUGUAAUUGUUGAUCAUGGAUAUUUGUACAGGCUGGGACAUUAUAUCUAAUUCUUUUUAGUAUAGUUGUUAAAUACUGUAUUUUGUUUGCGAGUUCUUGAGUUUGUGUGUGCUGUUCUUAGACACUUCAGAUAUCUCCUUAACCAGCAUAUGAUUUUUUUUUUAUUUAUACGCUUAAUAUGGUACUCACUUUGGUACUGAUAAGAGGUAGCCAAGUAUGGACACCUCCCCAAACACCUUAAAUUGUUUCAUUGACUUGAAGGUGCACAUAUAUAAUAUCAAAUAAUUCCUCAUGUUGGUUAGAGUACAAGGGUGGAAAUGUGAGAAGAGAAAAGUACAAUUGGUAAGUGAGGCCAUGAGAUGAUGUAAUAAAAGAAUAUAAACAGUUUACCAAACUGCACUGAAGUACUCUAAAAGGGUAAACGGCACAAAGGGUUUACUUUUCCAUGGAGGUGUAGGCGACCUUCGCUCUGUGCAGGAGGUUAUGGUCUUUGAAAACCACACGCAUCCAAAAGUUUAUUUUCAUCAAUGCUUAUUAAUAAAAGAUCUACCUGAACAUAAUUAGUUAAUACUCUUGCCAAAAUUUCCAUCAAUGAAUGCAGCACAUAAUGAAAGAACAAUACUUGGAAGGUGCCAUAAGGCAAGAGUGUAAUCCUCCCUCAAAAAAGUUAAUGAACACAAGGUAAUUGUGAGAACCAUGAAGUUAGAGCAAGAUAUAGAGGCAGUGCACUCCAAAAACAUCAUUUUGGUUGCACAAAUCUUUUGCCAUAUUUUUUAGGUACAGUCGAACCUGCUCCCAAGUAUUCUUUAACAGCUCAUAUAUGAACCUUUCCCCACCUAUUAAUACUUUGGCCCAAAAAAAUGGUUUGAACUUGUGAGCUCCAAACCUGCACAGAGUGGUGGAAUACUGUCCUGUAUUUCUUUUGGAAACAGGCCAACCAGUUUGUUUAUAUUUCUUAAUUUAUGGAUAUUACACAUUUUCUCAAAUAGCAGUAACUGUGGCAUAUGGUUAAGGUGUUGCUGUGGAUGGUACUUUCGUCUCUGGUGGCAUGCUCCUUCCAUUGCUUUUGCUGUUGUUUUGACUGCGUAAUUUCUUGAACAUUCAGUCAAAGGCCCAGAUCAGCAUAUCAGUAGUAGAGAUCCAAAACUCUUGCUUACAAUAUAUCCAAGUGCUGUGACAACAUUAUUAUUUAAUGUUACCCCACAAUCUGUAUCAGUUUUACACGAGUUCUGGUCAUUGUAUUGUCAAGGUUAAUUAUUACAAAGGCACAACACUUGAACUCCGAUUUGUGGUUUUUGGGACCUGGGGUAGAAUUAGCACGUAUAGAAAAUAGUAACAUCAGCUACAGUAAUCUCAUUAUCUUCAUUAAAUACAUUUACUUCUUAAAAGUACAGUAAAAAUAAAAUUGUCUAUACUGUACUAUAUAGUGUACUGUGUGUGUUUCUCGGCUCCUUCCUUGUAUGAUGGUUUCUCUACUUUUCAUCCUGGAUAAGUUAGUUUUAUAAAUUGACAUAAAAAAAUAUUAAUUUUAAAGAAAACAGAAAAAGGUGGCAUUUAAAAAAUGUGCAUAAUUUUAUUUUAUUACAUUGGUAAACUUGUAAGGUGUUGCCAGUAUACAAGCAAUGUCGGGAGAGAUUAAAAGUUUUGUUUAUAGGCAGUAGGCUUGAGGGCAUACUGCAGUUUCAUCCCAAGGCAGAAUUCAGUUUGACUAACAUUAUCUAGUUAACUUAUUCCAGGUUUCCCCUUGCCUUUUAUCUCUGAAGCCUUGUUGUUGUUGAAUCACCACAUUUGUUAUCAAGUCUGCUAUACAAGAGGUGUGUGUGUGGUUGCAUGAGAGAGAGAGUACAUGAAUGUAGAAUAGUUAUCAAAUAAUGAAUGCUAUUUACCAUAUCUUGAAUGCUCCAAUUUUCAUCUUUCAUCUACAGUAAUAUUUUGUUUGUACUACAGAUGGCCAGAUUAUUUAUCUUCAAUGUACAUAAAUGUUAAGGCAAGCAUGAUACUUCACCUUUUCCUCCUUAAAUAAUAUGGUAACAAAGACUUGUUUAGUAUAUGGUUAUUUAAUGGUAUGAAGGCUGAUCAAAGAAUGCUAAAUAUCCAAGUACAGUACAUGUUUUAUUCCUCACUUUUGUACCAAAACUUUAGGACAGUAAUUCAUUUUAAACAUUAUUAAGCAGAAGGAUUCUGUGACCAUCAAUAGAUUUAUAAAAGUUUCCAAUGUUCUAUACUUUAACCCUUGUUUGAAAGUAUAAUUGUCAUGUGUAUGUAGUAAGAACAUGCCGACUGUGACUUACGUUUGUUUGGUAUUUAGUCGUUUUUGGAAAAGUAAAAAAAGAGAUAUGUGAUAACUACUGUGUGCUUAUCUUCCAAAUUAAUAUUUACUAAUGUUUAAAUGGUGAUCACAAAUUGUAUUCUAUCAAAUUUUACCAUAAUCAUGAAUUUUUGAGAGUUAGUGAGAGGACAAAGAUUGUGGAAGUAUGUUGUGUCAAUACUAGUAUAACUCCUCUCUCUUAUGGGUGUAAGAACAGAAUCAUGAGAGUUGGUUGUAUUUGUAGCUCUUCAAGUUUUACAUGUUAUUGUAGUUUUUUCUCUCAUUCCUUGUACUGAAUAUUCUACCAUUAUUUGAAAUUGAGAAGAAAUUGCUAAUUAAGUUUAUCAUUGAUAAUACAGCUAUCCAAAGACUCCUUACAGAUAAAAAGUAUUAAACUCAUAGUAUUAGAACAGGUCACAAGGACUUAGUGAAAAUAUAAAAAGUUUGGAUACACACAUUUGUAAUUUUGUUAAGUCAAAUUAGUAUGUGGGGGCAGAUGUGAAACUAUCCUUUUCUGCAAUAGAAAUGUAGGUGAAGUGUCGGCAAAGACAUCGCUAUUCAAAUUUAAAUGACCACGUCAUUAUCAUCCAACUCGCUUGCCACUCUUUUUUACCCAUGGACUGUUUGCGAAUGCAUGAAUUGAACUUCUCUGGCGCUUGUCAUUAAUGACUUAAUUGGUUGUUUGUGGUUUUCGUCCUAUUUCCCAACUUCCAUGUAAACCCCCCAUACAAUUCAGACAAAGCUGAAAAUAACCAAUUUUGUCAGUUAUGUUCUUAUUGAUGUAUGGUUCAGUAAAGUCAAGAUUUUCAUUGAAUUCUA